CAUCAAUUACACGAGGCUUCUUGUGCCAAUCUUGGGUUUUGCCCAGUGGGGAAAAAGAGAAAGGCAAUAAAUACAAUGAAGCUCUUGAAACACUCCUAUGUAUUUACCUGAAGCAUACAGAUGACGUGCUGAAGUCUGUGGAGGAAAUUGCUGGUGUGGGUGUACCCGAACUGUUGAAUUCGACUAAGGAUGGGAGCUCAAAUACGUUUCCAACACUUUCCAGGCAAACAUUCAUUAUCUUCUACCGAGUAAUGAUGAGUGAAUUGGAUAAGUCUGUAAAGGGUAUUCCAGCUGGCAUGCAGUCUGAUUCAACUGAGGUACAGAUAGAGAAACUGCUGCGAUGGAAUGUAGCUGUGCGAGAUUUCCAUAUCCUCGUAAAUCUUGUAAAGGUGUUUGACAGCAGGCCUAUCUUGGGUGUGUGUCUCAAGCAUGGACGCCUUUUCAUUGAAUCGUUUCUUAAGCAAGGCAUGCCACUCCUCGACUACAGCUUCAAGAAACACAGGGGGGAUGUUCAGAGUUUGCUGAAGACCUUACAGCUGAGUACUCGUCAGCUCCACCAUAUGUGUGGACAUACCAAGCUCAACCAGGAUACUAAUCUGACCAAUCAUGUCCCACCACUGAAGAAGUUGUUGGAAAUAUUUGUGUAUCGAGUCAAAGCAAUGUUGACUAUCAAUAAGUGCCAAGAGGCAUUCUGGCUAGGAAACCUCAAAAACAGAGAUCUGCAGGGAGAGGAGAUCCUGUCCCAGGUAUCCCAACAAGAGAGUGGGGGUGAUGAAGAAUCAGAGUUACCUGAAGAUGAUGCAGAGGAGGAGACUGAGGAUGAGUUAGAUGGUCGUGAGUCAGAUACAAGGAAAACUAAAAGGGAUGACGAUGAAGGAAGUACUGAAGUCUCUGACAGUGAUUAGGUCAGUCCUGAUGCCUUAUCAAAACCUAGGGUAAAGAAUAGCCAGCUGUAUCUGUCAUACAGUUCAUGACGUAAAUUAUGCAAAAAAAAAAAUCUGGCAAUGUCCAGGACAAUAGAAUUUACCAAACUACUUAAGUGAACUUGGGGAAUUAAUAUAAUUGCAAAGUCAUAUAAUACAGCAUGAAAAGGGGCUGCAAUUCCUAGAAAGCUUUAUGAUAUUUAUAAUGCUAUUUUGUUCCAUAUGUGUACAGUUUUUUUCCUUUACCUACAGCAUUUAGCAUUUAUUUUACCAGUCACGCUUGUGCCAUCAAUUUUGUGAUUGAAAUUUGCAUUUAAAAAUACAAUGUUAAUGUGACAAAGGGAGCAGAACACUGGCCAUGGGGAAGAUAUGCAGUAACAUGAAUUAGUAAAUCUGUAUUCCAGUUCCGCAUUCUUUGUAUUGAUCUCUCAACUCCCUCAAUACGGACAAUAGGCUAAUGAAUGCCUGAAGUUCUCACAAAGGACAGAAUAACUGAAAGAAAAGUCAUUCCAACUCUGUGGUCCCCACAGGAUGAGAGGGAGAGAGAGAGAGCAGGUACUGUAUCCUGCUUACUCUUUUCUAACAUAGCUGGUAAGGCAGUAUAAUCUACAUAAAUUUGAUUUAAUCAUGAAAUUCACCAACUCUCAGUGAGCUCCGCAACUUGCCAUUUGUGUGCAAUGAUCAUUCCUCAGAAUCCCUCAAAACAACAUUAAAAAAUCAGUAAUUUAUCUCUGUUUAAGGAAUACAGUGCAGCUGCUGAUUUCGUCAGCCAGAGCACAUUACUUAGUACUAAUGGCCAACGGCUUUCAACUGUGGAAUGACCAGUCAAAGGUACUGUCUUCCCUUUUAAAUAGCAUAGUUUUAUUAAUUCCUACCACUUGUGACCUGACAUUAUGCCAGAUAAAAUGGAUCAACAUAAAUCUUCAACAUUUAGGCGAAACUACUUGUGAAUUUUUUUCUACACCUGAUCUUAGAUUGUAAGUUGUGUGAAGCAAUGUUACAGGGCCGAGGUUGAGGCGAUCUAACUUGUAAAAUUUAUAAGAGGAGGUCUUUGAGACCUGCUGGUCCAAGUAUGAACAGGAUUUGUUUCUUGUCCUUUAAUUUUUUUAUCCUUAAUUUAAAAUCAAUUGAUUUCAAAUAAUCUGAUUAAUUAAAAUGUUUGACAGUAAAUUUAACUUAGUUGUGUUAUUUACAUCCUAUAAUUUAAAAUUAUUAGCAUUUUCUCUGCCCACAAACUAAAUUAAUAGACUAAAGACAAUGUAAUGAUAUGUCCAUGGUGAAGUCACAUUGCUGCUACCUUGUCAUCAAACAGUAUAUCUGAUUUUGUUGUUAUUUUCCUAGAAUUGAAAACGUUCAUUUAAUUUGAAUUAAAGUUCAGGGGUUACUUUAGGCAGGCAUAUUACAGGGUGGAUGCUUAGAAAGGAAAGUUGAAGACAUUUUUUAAUGAGGGAUUCCAAUGUAGUACAUUAAAGCUGAAUUGCACACCAACACCAUGGUGCUCUUAGGACUAGGUUUGUUUCUGCACCUAGAUGGGAAAUGGCUCUGAAAUUUCACUGCACUGCCCUCUGUGUUUUAUCAAAAUAUAAGAACAAUUGCUUUUGAUAGAUAAAGUCCUGCAGUCCCUUUUUGGUUCUGAUUGUAUGGGCAAUGAGAUCCAAUUGUAAACUGUUUUUUGUUAAAAGGUUAUGCUGCUGUAUAAGAAUUAAUAAAGGUUAUUAUUUAAUUGUUA